GGCACUAUUGGUAUAGUUAUUACCAUAAACAAGACUUGCUCCCGAUUGGUCUGUGAGUGGCGACUUUCAUGUGUUUUGCGAACUGUCAAAGGUGUCAGGCUUGUGAGAUUUGCUUUAAAACGUGUGAAGUGUGAAUUGCUGACGUUCAAGUUGUGUAUGUGGCGUUAUUAUGAGGUUCGCUAAGAAUUAUUUCGCGAAGAAGGUAGCCGCUAGUGAUGUGUUAAAACCCAGUAUGUUGUGAAGACAGAAUUAAUAAUAGUAUUUUUUGUUGUAAGUGGGGUCUGUGUGAAAAAGCUUUACUUGUGCAACUUGACGUGCGCGUGUGUACACAUUUUGACUAUUUUAAAUGCAGCAAUGGCCCCAACUAUGCUUAGAUUUUUCUUUUUACAUUGCCGACAAAAUACGUACUUCAUUAUAGGUUUAUGUAUUGGUAUUUGUGCAAGUCUUCUCCUUACUCCAAUGCUGGAAAAUGAAUGCAUAUUCAUUAAGUACCAAGAUUCUGGUUCUAAAUCCGUUGGAAAUGAUCCUAUAUCCAACUUUUUUGAUAAUGAAUAUGAUCCUGUUAUUAACCUUGCUGGGAAGCCUCAGAAAGCAUUAAAGACUCCGCAGACAUUGCUAAGACCACGUUACUAUUCUACAGAACUGGGUAUUCGUGAAAGAUUAUUUAUUGGUAUAUUGACAUCACAGAAAAAGAAUAUGGUUGAGAGUAGAGCAGUAAGCAUUAACAAGACCAUAUCGCAUAUUGUAGAUAAAGUUAUGUACUUUUUAGAUGCCCCUGGUCCCCAAAAGCUCAAUACUUCAAUGCCUGGAAUUGUAGGAUUUACUGACUCUCGAAAAAUAUUGAAACCAUUUCACAUGUUAAAAUAUAUAAUUGACAAUCAUUUAGAUGAUUACAACUUCUUCUUUUUUAUAAAAGAUUCAGCUUACAUUAAAGCUCAGCAUUUAUAUAAUUUAGUGCAAGAUAUCAGUGUUAGUCAAGAUGUUCACGCUGGCAGUGGAAGAAUUGAUGAACAUAGUGCCUUUUGUUCAUUAGAUGCUGGACUUCUCUUGAGCAAUUCUGUUUUGCGUAAAGUAUCUGAAAAUUUAGAUUGGUGUGUUAAAAAUGCCUUUUCGGAUUUGGAUGACGCAAAUGUUGGGCGAUGUAUUGUUCAUGCCACUAACAUAGCAUGUCAAGAAUCUGUGCAGGGACAGCAUCUGAAGAGUUUUACUUUACCGGAUAGUUUUAAGUUUGAGGAUGACAUCAGUACAUUUUCCCAAGAACCUGCAUUUCAAACAGCAUUGACUAUAUAUCCUGUUAGUGAUCCAGUGACAAUGUACAAAAUCCAUAUGUAUCUUUCUAAAGUUGCGUUAGUUGAAGUUAAAAGAAGCAUUUCUCAUUUGCGCCGAUCCAUUACAAAUACAUCAAUGAUUGCACCAGUUCCAGUAGAAACAGUUGCAGCAAAAUGGCCCAUUGGUAAUCAAGGUGGUAACAUUCCAGCUACACGUUUUGAUGUUUUACAAUGGAACUACCUUUCAGAAAAAGAAUUUUAUUUAAACUCUGAUUUUAGUAAUGUAAAGCAGAUGAAUGGAGCAGAUAAGUUGGAUAUAGCUUACAUUUUGAAUGCCACAAUUUUGAAAGUGGAAUCUAGUGAUGAGCAACUUAAAUUUCGAAGACUUAUUGAUGGGUACAGGCGAUUUGAUCCAUCUAGAGGAAUAGAUUAUAUUUUGGAAUUGGCUUUCAAAGAUUUAUCAACAGGGCAUGAAGUUCAUAAAAGACUUCAAGUAUGCAGACCACUGGGAAAAGUUGAAGUAGUACCAAUGCCGUAUGUAACUGAAAAUAAUCGCAUUAAUUUAGUACUACCUGUGAAUGCCAAGAAUAGAGAACAAACAAAACAUUUCAUUGAGCAGUACACUCACAUCUGCAUGGAAACAAGAGACAAAACAUUACUUAUGUUGAUUUUGCUGUAUGACCCUACUGUGCCUGGCAAAGGUAACAAAGAUGACAUUUUCCUUGAAAUUAAACAAACUGCCUUGGUUCUAAGUGACAGAUAUAAAAAAGAAGGAAGUAAAAUUGCUUGGGUUUCUGUUAAACUCCCAGAUGUAUCUGUUGAUAAUUCAUUAUUGAACUUUGCUAUUACUGAUUUGGUUCUUAAGAAAUUUCCACCAGAUUCUCUUAUUCUGAUGUGCCAAUCAAGCAUGGAAGUGCGCCACGAAUUUUUGAACAGGGUGCGGAUGAAUACAAUUCUAAAUUGGCAAGUGUUUAGUCCAAUACCAUUUACAGAAUUUCAUCCAGAUGUUGUGUACACAAAUACUUUCGUCCAACCACCAACUUUUCUAGACAUCAAUAAAAAUUAUGGGCAUUAUGAUUCAAAUCAGAAAGACUACAUUGCCUUUUAUGCAAAAGAUUAUUCAUUGGCUCGCAAGACUGUAGAAAAUAUCAUUCCAAUUAUUCGAAGUGAUCAUGAUAUUAGCAUGUUAACUUCAAAGCAUACUGACUCAAAAUCAUUUCAAGAAUCUUGUCCAUUAAAUAGCAUCUAUUCAAUGUUUGUAUGCUAUGGUAAAAUUCAUGUUCUGCGUGCGGUUGAGCCUGGACUUCGUUUAAGGUAUCAAGAAAGAGAUUGCCCUUCGACUGUUGAUUCUUCUGUGUAUCAAAAGUGUAUUGAGGAACGAGCUUUCAACUUAGGCUUCAGAAAUCAGCUUGCUCGACUAAUUUUAGAGUAUAAAAAAACCCAUUUGCUCUAAAUGUCAUAUUGUAUUGAAGUUGAAAUAUCAUAUGUUAAUAAUAUAUUUUUUAAAUAUACUUUAUUUUCAUAGUCAUAUUAUUGAACAUGAAUGUUCGUGAAUAUUAAGCAGAAAUAGCCUAAGUCUAAAAUCUUUUUUUUUUUUUUAUUUAUGUGUAGUGAUGAUUCGAGAAGUUUACCUCAAAACUGGAUAAAUAUUUUGAACUUAUGGUUGAUUUUUUGUACACGUUAGAAAGCUGACAAUAAUCCAUACAUACUAAUGUGUAAAAACUGAACUUUUUUGGAUUUAGGCUAAUUCAGAGAGCAGUGUUCUGCAAAACAUGUUGCAAUUUCUUAUUUAUUUUUGUGCCAUACCAAAGUCCUACGCAGUAUAAAUGAGAUGAUUAUAUGCUUUGAUUGUUAUAGUUAUUGCUAUAUUUGUGUACCGCAUAACAAGAAUACAAUAUUUUAAAUGUUAUUUUUCAGUAUUUUUUGUCCUUACUCUAUAACCUGACAAGAAAACUGAAAAUGAACACUAAACCAGUGGUGCUGCAACAUAGCACACCAUUUCUUGUAUUAUUUGUACCGGUUAUGUAAAAGUAUUUAGUUAAUUUUAGUAGUUUUUAAUAGUAAAUGUAUAUAAUUUUGUGCCAUUUUUGAGAAAAAAGUUUGAAAAUACAGUAUGAACGUGAAGUUAAAACUGUGGUAUGAAGUUGAACAAGAUCCUCCUAAAAAUAUCAAUUUCAGAAAAAAAUCCUUUGCACUAGACACUAUUAUUUUUAAUAGGAGCACAGACACGAGACAUACUUUUGAGAGAGAGAAAAAUGUGAGAUAGAGAAGAAACCACUAUUUUAGGGUCAAGAACCCCCAAAAAGUGCAUUUCAAUCAAAAUCUCAAGUUAAGUUUUUUGCUUUGUCAUAUAACUUUCUCUGUUCUUCAUAUACGAGAAAAUAAACGAGAUAUUUUUACUUCAAAAAAACAUACAGUAUCUAAUCUUUUCCUGCUUCUCACUUCUAUUCUUUGUCUUCCCUGUUCUUAUUUCUUUCUCCAUAUUUCUUCUUUUUCAUGUAGUGUUACAAAUCCUACACCACAGGCCUUCACCAUUCUCAUGGCCUAUACCAUUGCCACUCCUUCCUACAAAGUACUUCUAGUUUUUCCUCAUCUUCUGUCUGCCGGCUACUCUACCUGAAUUGCUACGCUCUGUGAAGUCACAGAGGUUAAGUAACUCGAGACACUGCAGAUUCCUGGGUAGAUGAUCAUUUGGUAAUGCUGGGGAACUAACAGCACUGUACCCCUGACUAAGGGAUUAAAAGCAAUGACUGACUUGAAUAAGGAUUUCUUCACAGUUCUGUUCGAUGCCAGUAAACAGCGUAUAGGACAUUCUUAGGGGAAAAACCUAAUAGAACUUAAAAACAAGUUAUUUCCACAACUGUAAGUUUAUUUUCAUUACUUAAGAUAUUUCUGAAAUAUUAGACCAAUAUGCAAUUCUUUCACUCAGCAAAAACUUUAUCACCUGCAUAACUAAGCGAAUACAGAAUGGAAUAUCAGGUUUUCACAUCAAAUUGCAACGUUUUUCUCCUUCAGCUUUUUAAUGCUUCCAUUAAAUAUAAUUUCAACAGAGGUGGAGCUAUGCAACACCCUUGUUGAAAUCAUUUAUCUACAGGAAAAGAUUGAGAAACAUUUCUUUUACUUUUAAUUUGACUUUUCUAUUGUAAAGGUCUUUAUCAACUAAUUGUAGUCACAUUUUCAUGUUGUGUUUAUCAAUGAUCAUCCAGUAUAAUUAAUGGAGCAGUUUCAUUUGCUUUUCUUAAAUGUAUAAAUAUUAAGGGAUUUUCUAAAUAUGGGGCAAAACAUUUCUUUGAUAUGGAAAAUAUUAUUCGUGUAUGAGCAUCCAUCUCUAAAGUCACUCCAUUCUUCCACAUCUAUAAGAUAUCUUUCCAGACAAAAUUUAAAAAUCUUUCCAUAUUCUCAACCUAUACUGCUGAGCACAGUUAUAUAUCCAAAAUUUCCAUUAUUUUCAAUCACCUUUUCUGAAUGUGCUAGGAACACCUCUUAAGUCUUCUGGUAGCACCUUUCCUAUGAAUUGUAAAAGUUUGCAGUUAAUUUCAAAACUUACACGAGUACUGUUUUUAACAGCAUUAUGUUCACAAACCCAAGAGGUCAGAGACUUUCCAUUUUUAAUGUUCUAUGGAUUAAUCUCAUUUACUGUAAUAUCUUCCAGAUCAUUCUCUCUCUCCCAAGUCAAGGUCUUUGCUGAAUUCUGUUCUAUGUUCUUUCAUAAAUUCUUGAUAGUAUUCUUUCCAUUAUUGUUGACUUAAAAGUUGUAAAGGAUGAACUUGCUUUUUCAUUUGUUCCUCGAUUCUUUAAAAGUUUCCAAGACUGUUUACUUUCUCAUAACUUACUACUUAGUAAGUGAAAAAAUGUAAUGCUGCAGGAAAAAGUACCAAUUUUUUAACAGAAAAGCAUAGUUUUCUUGGUCCUUGAUACCAAAAAAAAGUGGAAUUUUCUUACUCUUGUACAUAGAAGUCCUAUAGUCGAAAUGCACGUAUCUUGAUACCAAAAAAGUGUUUUUUUCCCCUCAAGAUGUAUGUACCUCUGUGAUCUUUCACCAAAACCGAUAUUCCCCAAUCAAUGCAAUUUAUGUCACUUGAUCUUUCAAUUUUUGUGGAACUUUACACAAAACCAUAAAACAUUUUCAAAGUUCAAUAUUUUAUUCUUUUUCCCCCCCAAAAUAUAUACUUUUAUAAAAAUGACAUGUUUGAUUUUCAGUAAAUUUUUCGGUGCUCUCUUAUAAUAGCAUUUUUGAAUUGUCAAUUAGAAUUUUUCUUCAUAAAAUAUAUUCAUCAAAAUUAGA